AUGCCAUUGGAGUAUUCGCCGUCGUCGCGUCGGUUGAGUCAGGAAAGUCUGCUGACCCUUAUUAGUUCGAGUAGCAUCUCGAGCGGCGUCAGCGGUCGUCGUCGACGCUUCAGCAAAAGCCCUUCAAGCGGUGCAUCGUCCCGCAGCUCCUUGACCGACUGCAGCUUCGGUGUGGUCGGCGCCAGGAACCAUUUCUAUCGUCGUUCCACGAGGCAUCUCUCCGUUAAGACGCACGGAACCUCGUCGAACGCGGUCUCAUCGGCAAGUACCGUCGCCGGCGGCGGUUCCUCUCCGCAGUUGAACGUCAAGCCGAUGUCGUUCGAGGUACCUUGUGUAGAUGCUGACACGUCGCUGGUAGGCCGUGAAUGGGUCUUCCAUGAGCUGUUGGAGAUCCUGGUGCGCCCGACCACCGACAACGGCAUGAAGGGUGCGGUGAUCUACGGCGCUACCGGUACCGGCAAGACAUCUUUGCUGCAGCAGCUGGCAUCGUUGUCACCGUUUUACCAACAAGACACCCACGUGUACGCCAAUUUCUGUGAUAGUCCUCUGCAGACGAAUGUCAGCACUGACUCGGGCUUCGCGUCCUCGUCGCGCCACAACCUCCAGUGCAACGUUGGUGCUAGCAGUUCCAGUGCUGCCGCUGUCUCUGCUUCUGCCGCUGCCACCAUCCCUGGGGGCAGUUGGUGUCACGACGUGGCACGGUCGGUGGUCGGCUACCACUUUUGCCAAAUCGAAGACCGCUCGUCGUGCUUCCUGCCCGAAUUCCUGUACAGCGUCUGUGCGAUGGUCGCUCACAGUCCACAGAUGAGUGCCUACCGCGAGUACCUGACGUCCAACAAGCAGUUGUUGAAGCGUUUCUCGGUGACCGAGUUUCUGCUUGACGCCGAGGGCACAUUUAAGGCGCUGUUUACCGAACCGUUGAACUACCUGCGGCGCUGUAGCAAGUUGCCGUCGCCGCCACCACUACCGCCGUCCUCAUCCUCGGCUUCCGCCUCAGCGGUCUCCUCUUCGUCAGCUUCGUCGUCAUCGUGCGAACGAAAUUUCUUGCUGUUGGUAGACGCACUGGACGAAGCUGAGUUUCACCGUGUUGACGGUGCCGGUGAUUCGAUCUCGUCGUUCUUGGUCAAACGGGCGGUCGAACUGCUACCCAACUGGUUGAAAGUGGUCGUGUCGGUCAAGGCGUCCAAUCUGGACAUCCUCAAGGGUCUGCCUUUGCACAAGAUCAACUUCGACAGCCCAGUUUUUGAGGAACGUUUGUACGUCGACUGUCGCAGCUACAUCGAGUUCCGCAUCCGCGCCUCAGACAACAUCCAAGCGAACGCCGCGUCCAACGUCACGUCAUCGAAGUUGUUCCCACCUCUCGAUGCCUCGUGUCCGCUGAGCCGCUUCGUCGAGUAUCUUUCUAACUCUUCCAAGGCGUCUUUCCUCUAUCUACGCCUGUUGCUGAACCUAGUCGAUCAGAAUUAUGUGGUUAUCAAAGGCUCCAACUACAACGUGCUGCCCGUCAACCUGUCUGAGGUGUUGACGCUGAUGCUGAACCUGCGCUUCUCGACCGAACGCGCGUUCCUCGACGUCAUGCCGAUCUUCAGCGUUAUGCUCGCGUCGUUGUGUCCCCUGACCGCGAAGGAGAUAUACGAAAUUUUGAACGCCGGUCGAAUCAGCAACUUUAUGUCAUGGGACGCUUUUCUUCAAAGGAUGUCCAGUCUGCAGGAUUUUGUCGUCAUGCGACAAGAUCAACGCUAUAUCUUCUUCCAUCCGGCCUUCAGGGAGUGGCUGGUGAAACGCGAAGAAACUCUGAACGCAAAAUUUCAGUGUGAUUCGAGGUAUUUGUAAAU